AUGCAAUUUUUACGUACUGCUACUCGUGUAUUCUCAGCUACCCAACCAUUAGCUGCCGUUCAAGGUUCAAGUAACAGCAACAAAGCAGUAGUAACAGAGACAACAACGACAACAAUCAGAUCAGAUCAGAACAAUCGAUUCAUUCAUUCCACCACUUCACAACAAAAAACGACAGUGGUUGAUCAUAGACAACAGAUUCAUUCAAUUAGCAUUAGAUCUUGUAUACAAGUUGACAUUAUGCAUCUUUACAUUUGCAGAUAUGCAGGUUACUUUAAGAAGUUCCUCUUCCCAACUGAAAGACAAUUGAGAACCGAACAACUCCACGAAAAUGGUAUCUUCCCAGGUAACCCAGCUUUCGAUGCUUUCUAUGACAAGCUCGAACAAACCCAAGUAUCAAAGGAUCUCAAUAUCCCAGAUGCCUUGUUGGACGAUCCACUCCUCCACGUCUCUGUCAUCAAAUACAACAAGCACGUCGUCGAAAAGUACAACUUAUCCCCAGAGCAAGAAAAGUCUCUCUUGGAGGAAUACGAUCUCUCAUAUGGUGACUCGUCACUUGAAUAUAUCCUCCCACUUCCAGUCCCAGAACACAACUUUGAAGAAUUACCAGUCAUCGUUCGUUAUGAUGGUGAACACUAA